CUUAUUUUAAGUCUCUCUUCCACGCACUAAUAAGCGAGGACACUUGUACCGAGUGCAACAUCAGUCUCAUCCGCUAAACAUGGCGAGCGUGAAGGUUUUCGGCUCCCCGACGUCGGCAGAGGUGGCGAGGGUGCUGACAUGCCUCUUUGAGAAGGAGAUCGAGUUCCAGCUCAUUCGCGUCGACAACUACAAGGGCCAAAGAAGACUCCCCGAGUACCUCAAGCUACAGCCCUUUGGACAAGCUCUAACUUUUGAAGACGGAAAGCUGACACUCGUCGAUUCGAGGGAGAUAUGCCGGCACCUGGCGGACAAGUACGCGGACCAAGGCAACAGAGACCUCCUCGGCUCCGGGACGCUGGAGAGGGCAUCGAUCGAACAGUGGCUGCAGACCGAGGCCCAGAACUUCGACCCGCCGAGCUCCGCGCUCGUCUUCAACCUGGCCUUCGCGCCGCUGCUGCGCCUCGACCAGGACUGGGAGGUGGUCGAACAGAGCAUGAAGAAGCUGGGCAAGGUGCUCGACAUCUACGAGCGGAGACUGGACGAGACGGAUUUUCUGGCCGGUAACAAGUUCACGCUCGCCGACCUCUCCCACCUUCCCAACGCCCAUCGCCUGGUCGCCGACGACAAAUGCCGCUCCCUCUUUAAGUCGAGGAAGAAGGUGUACAGGUGGUGGGAGGCGAUAUCGAGCCGCCCGUCCUGGAAGAGGGUGGUGCGGAUGCAGCAGGAGCCUCCCCACAUUGUCUAAGUUCAUGGGUCGUCUUCAGGGUUUGCUCCUUUGUAUCUUUGCCUACCAUGUUGCUUUGUUCAGCCAAGCGCUUCCGCGC